AUGAAUAAAACUCUAUUUUACAGAAAUUUAAAUGAUGCAUUUAUCUUAGUUCAAAUUUAUGUAGAUGAUAUAAUUGUUAGGUCUACAGAUGAGAAACUUUGCAAAAAGUUUGCCAAACUGAUGAAAAAUCAGUAUGAGAUGAGCAUGAUGGGAGAGCUCACCUACUUUCUUGGUUUACAAGUUAAACAGGUAAAGGAGUGUAUAUUCAUAAAUCAAACUAAAUACAUCGAUGAUCUACUUAAAAAGUUUAAUUUAAUGGAUUGUAAAGAAGCUAAAACUCCCAUGCCAACUGCCACUAAAUUUGAAUUAAGUCCUAAUGAGAAAUUUGUGGACAUUUCAAAUUAUAGAGGAAUGGUUGGUUCUCUCUUAUACUUGACAGCUAGUAGACCUGAUAUUAUGUUCUCUACAUGCCUCUGUGCUAGAUUUCAAGCAGAUCCUAAAGAAUCACAUCUAAUUGCUAUUAAAAGAAUAUUCAGAUAUCUUCCGGGAACUCUAAAUCUUGGUAUUUUGUACCUUAAAGACUCUAGAUUUGAUCUAAUUGGAUAUUCAGAUGCUGAUUUUGCAGGAUGCAAAAUUGAUAGAAAAAGUACAACGGGCACAUGUCAAUUCCUUGGAGACAGGCUGAUUUCUUGGUUUAGCAAAAAGCAACAUUCCGUUUCAACCUCUACAGCUGAGGCUGAAUACAUUGGAGCUGUAAGCUGUUGUGCACACAUAUUGUGGAUGAGAAAUCAAUUACUUGAUUAUGGUUUAAAUCUCUCAAAAAUCCCAAUAUUUAGUGACAACACCAGUGCUAUUGCUAUAACUGAGAAUCCAGUACAACAUCCAAGAACCAAGCAUAUUGACAUCAAGUAUCACUUCAUAAGUGAACAUGUGAUGGCCGGUACUAUUGAAAUGCAUUUUGUUCCAAGUGAAGAACAAAUUGCAGAUAUUUUCACAAAGCCCCUUGAUGAAUCCACAUUCACAAGGUUGGUUAGUAAAUUAGGUAUGUUAAAUUUCUCCUAA